GGUGCUGUGCACCUCCAACGCGAGAUUUGGGAGAUGUUGCUAGGCAGCUUGGCUGAAUAGAGAAGAUUACAGUCGAGGAAUAAGCGCAGAUAUAAUUGGGACCACUUUAAAAGAAUGUCCACAUGAUUGAUCUGAGACCAGACCUAGAAACCAAAAUCCAGACAUGUGCAGCCCACUAAAGCAGUCUGACUGACGCACAAGACAAAGACAGAGCAUUGGAAGUAUCUGCUAGAACCAAUGAGAGGCUAGCGUAGCGCGUCCAGAAUGCCAGCGAUGGAUGGAUUAAUGGAUACGUGUCUGAGGACUCCGAGGAAGAGGAGUUGCCCGCAAGAAACAGCAGCAACAGGUCUGUAAGGAUGGAACGAUAAUGACGGUAACAUGCAGGCUUCUAAACGCCUGACCCUAUCAGAGGAGAGAUGAGGCACCUAGAUGCUGGUUUACCAUGUGUAGCGUCCACUACAACCACUCCCUUGCUGCCAUGAGCGGAAACGACAUGAUGGCGCACUCUCUAACUCUGGAGCAGAAGACGGCGUUUGCCUUCGUGGGGAUGCUACUGGUGUUCCUGGGGCUGCUCAUAGUAAGGUGUUUCCGGAUCCUGCUGGACCCCUACAGCAGCAUGCCUUCCUCCAACUGGGCCGACGGUAUCGAGGGGCUGGAGAAAGGGACGUUUGAGUACGCCCUAACUUAACACAGGGACACGCACAUCCAUAGAUGUCCUCGCGAACAGAACUGCCUAUAGAUAUGUAUACACACAAAUACACACAUGCAAACACACACAAGCCCUGCACAACCAUUGUACCUGACACUGACGCACCAUAAAGACAUCUCUCUGUGACGGAGCGAGCCAAGAGACUGAAGCCGUGUAUGUUGUUAAAUGUGUGUGUGUGCUGUUAGUUCAGAGCCAGUGUAGAGUCUCUCUACUGUAUGUGACUACUUGUCUGUUGUUGUGUGCGUCUGAGCGAGUGUGAGGCAGACGCUGUGUCAUAUUCUUUGCCCUUCUGCCAGGGGGUGUGCAUUUCAGCUCAUCGAUUUACAAGGAAAGCGGCUGAAGCUCCCUUUAACCCACACCUACAAGUUGAAUGUCUGUAGAGGUGGUUAGAGGUGGGUGCUCGUGGGACAGGGUGGGGAUUUAGGGUGCAGUGGGAUUAUUCAGAUGUAGUUCGAAGACUCAGGGACAAGAUUCCUUACGUGAAAACAGAGUGGUUGCACCUCUGCACAGCAGAGCUGUUCUGCACAAGAAUGUAUCUGGUUGGAAACAGGGUAUUACGUGUAACUUGUGCUUUGUGGACGAAUCAAAUCCAGUCUGUUGGUGAUCCAAAGGAAUGCUGCUGCUGCUGCUGCUGCUGCUGUUGCUGCUGCUGUGUGUACAGAUUGGUCCUUUCCGUGGCGUGAAAGGCAUUUGAACAAACUGUGAUUUACAAUAUGGUGUUACUGUUUCUAAAUGAUGCAAAAACAGCUCUCAGAGUUUGUACUGCUGCUGCCUGUGAGUGAUGGUAUACUGUGUGUUGCCACAGUUACGUGUCCGAGUGAAAGAAAAAAACCCAACUGUUUACUUUCGACAGUAUGUCUGCAGAGACAUAUGAUAAUGUUGAUUUAUGGACUGCCAAUUGUUCCGUCCGUCGUCACGCGUUCUGUCUAAAGGUUGGCUGAUUCAAGCAAGCCAAAGAACUUUGAAGGGAAAUGCGGAUUACAGACUGGGAAGGACUCUGUCUCUCUCUCAGCGCUGCUAGUUUUCUAAUGACAAGGAUAAACUCUCACUACCUGCCUGCAGAGGAAAAGGUCACAUGGAAAACAGGGGUGGGAUGUCUGUCAGCACUGCACCUGAACAUCUUUUUCCUCCCGUUUCUCAGCCAUCCUCACCCUCCCUCACCUGCUCUCUUCCUGCCCGACAGAGGAAGACUGGACAGUCGGAAACAGAGAUUCGUUAAUACGGCAGACUGGUCGAGGUCUUGAGUGUUCCUUUGCUAAUUUCUACGGUCUACGGUUUCUCCUUAGUGCUGUGAAUCUGCCUUACUGUGACCUUCAAUGGGUUUAUGUGCCUUCAUCUAGAAACAUUAGAGCACCUGUUUGUGUGUGUGCAUGUGUGUGUGUGUGUGCGUGAGCGUGUGGGCGCGUGUGGCAUAUCAUGAAGACAGAUAAUGCAUCUCCUGACCUGUUGCUUGCUCAGCUGGUGGUAGAGUUUUCUCAUUGAUAUAGAUUUGAUUCAAUGAUGUGAAAUAAAUACAAAUUUCUUCACUUUAAAUAUGGUCGGUCGAAUCUCUGCUUUCAUUUUUUUUUUCAUCUGCAGCGCACGUCGGGUGAAGAAUAAUUCUUGUGAGAUCAGUUGAGAUCAAAUUGGCUCGGUACUUUAGGCGACAGUUUUUGGUUGAAGGAUUGCAGAGGCUCAAAUUAGAGCUCUUUUGUGUUUGUGUUCUCUGCCUCUUAACUCUGGCGGUCGUCGUCUGACGUUUGCUGCAGCACAGACAGAUCAGGACUGAGAGGCUGCAUUGUAGCAGUGGUUCCCAAACUCAGGGUCCCGACCCCCACCAGCAUUACCAGCGUGUUCUUCCUGGCCUCAUGGGAACUGUCGCAGUGAGCUUGAAUAAUGGCCUCCUGCGCUUGAAGGAAGCAGUAGCAUGAUAAAAUGUAGGACGUUAGCAUAGGCAACAAGGUCUGCAACACCUGUAAUUUGCUAUCCAUAUGUUGAAUUGUCUUGUGGAAAAGGAUCAUGUGGCCAAUCAGGGAUGUCAUGAGUCUUGAGACCCAAUCGGGGAGCUUUACUGUUUCCAAAGUCUCUGUUUCUGCUCCUUCACAUCUACAUGCAGCCCGCGAUUUGUUUGAACUAAAACGGGUCCAGCAGCUUUUUCAAAAGUCUGCGUGUUAGGGUUCAUAAAACGCAGGGGUUGUGUGGCUGACAGACUUAACGAAGCAAAAGUGAUAAAGGGAAAACAUUCUUGUGGAUGUGGCCUGAAGGGUCAUCAAAGUUUCACAGGAGCUGCGAUUUUAAAGGUUGUAUGAAAACAUUAUAUAUAUAUUACAAUAUAUUACAUAUCUAAUAUAUACAAUUGGCCUCUAUCUCAGCAUUCCAUUUAUUUCUGCAAAAUGAAAUAGUUUUGUUUUUUUUUGUUUUUUUUGACUGCAUUCUUUUUAUUGUUUUGACAAUAUUACAAAGAAAUAUAAAAAAAAAUGUAGUUACAUGUCAUGAACAAACAUGUCAACACUGGUCCUUACAAGAUUUCAAGUUAUUGGUUGGGAAUAAGGUUAGUGAGUUCAAAAAAA